GAAACAGACAGUUUGGAAAGCCAGCGUCAUCGCUGCCCUUUGGCGGGUUCCCUUUCAGAAACCCGAGGUUGCCAUCUCAGCGGGAUCUUGGCAUUAUCCACGCAGGAAAGAGCAGAGACAGCAGCUAUGGCCGACCCAGCAGGCGCAGCAACGGCGGAAGUCAUGGUUUAUGUGGCCAACGAGCUCCAGGGGGUGUUCGCCCACAUCGGCAAGGCCUUGACCGAGUACUCCGCAACCGGGGAGCUCCCCGACAGCGUCUUCGACGUUGAGCCCGCUGCUGCCGCUCCCACCAAGCGGAAGCGCCAGAAGAAGGACAAGGAGAGGGUCAAGCGCAAGCCCAGCGCCUUCAAUCACUACGUCAAGGAGCAAAUCGCAGUGCUGCGCGCCAGGCCUCAGACCGAUGAGGAGCACAACAACAACUCUGUCUUCGCUGAGGCUGUGGCCAACUGGAAGAAGCUGCCGGACGGCGACAAGAAGGCCUACACUGAGAAGUUCAAGGCGAACGAGGCUGCGCGCGAGGCGGCGGCCGCUGCGGCAAUUGCUGACGACGACGACGAUGAUGAGGAGGAGGCAGUCGAGGAGGAAGAUGAGGACGAAGAAGAGGAGGAGCCUGUCAAGGAGCCCACCCCUCCGCCGCCUCCCGCCCCCAAGAAGGACAAGAAGCGCAAGGACAAGGAGGGCGCCGAGAAGAAGUCUGAGAAGAAGGCCAAGAAGGACAAGGCGGCUGCCACUCCCAUGCCCCCCAUCCCCGCCCCGGCCGCGGCCCCGGCCCCGGAGGCCGACGCGCCCAAGAAGAAGAAAAAGAAGAACAAGGACAAGGAGAAGACCAAGGCCUGAAGGAGGCCCAUCUGCGACGGCGAUGCCGGCCUGGCCGGCGCGCAUGCAUGCAUGCAUGCGCUGUCUCAUGUUGGCUGCCCUGUCUUCCCGGCAAGCCUGCUGGGUGGAUCAGGCGGUUGACUGGGACAGGAGGAUUUUGACCCGGAGGAUGUGUGAAGGCAGCCCUGCGGCAGUGGCACUUGGCUAGCUGUGGAUUCUGUGAUGGCUGUUCAAGGAAGAAACAGGAAAGUGGCCGAGGACAGAUGGGCGAUGGCUGCGUGAAAGGGAAACAGGGGUAGUACAGGGUAUGAUGUGUGAUUGGGAGCUUGCUUCCUGCCAGUAGAUCUUACGGAAAUGCUUUAAGGGUGUCUGCAACAGGGGUACAGUAUACAGUUUUGGGGUUCAUGGUGAAUUCUGCAGAAGUGCAUGCUUCACUGCAGCUGCCUUUUCGUGAUCUUUUCUUCUUCUUUUGCUGGGAUCAGCUUCAUGUGCAUGUCAGAUUGGCUUGGCUAGGCAGUGAUCAAUAUCGGUUGCUGGUGAUGCACCUGUGCCUGAUGGUGGCCUCUCUUGUAGAUAUCAUGCUGACGCUCAUCUGAGGCUUGCAAAGAUUUGCAGUUGCUCUUGUGUGUGCCCAAGUUAGCACAUCUGGGCUAGUAAUGUCUUGUUCAAAGCUUUUGUACCCCACUCAUGUUGGUAGUUGGGGCAGUUAGGGUGCCUCUGAAUCUGUAGACCAUCGCUUAGAAUGCAUGGUGAUCACACUUGCCUCAAAACUAUGUUUCUCUUGAACUUUGUGUAAUGAUUUCUUCCAUGUC